AUGUCUACCGCCACGGCGACCCUCGUCAAGAUGGAGAUGGCCUCGACGUUACCUUCGAGCCUGGAAGCAUACGCCGGCUUCUAUGGCGACCCUUUACUUACGUUACGAGACAUGGAAGUCAAAAGGAAGCCGGUAAACAGUGACCCCAAGGGCAAAGGAAAAGCCCUCCCAGAUGCUCCCUCCAUCGUGGAGUCGGAUCCUGAAACGACCAGUAGUGACAACAACAACGAAACGGACGAAAAUGUCGAAUGGGAAGAGUAUAAUCCCCCAGCAGCCCUAAAAACAGCUCCAAAUGUCGACAACGCCGUUCUACUCGAAGUCUUGCAGACCUCUAUCGAAAACAUACAGACUAGGAUUGCAGAGGAGAGGCAAAGACGACAGCUCGAGGAGGAGGCAAAGAAACAGGAAGAGGAAGACAACGCAGCCGAGGGAUCCGACGACAAGGCGAAGGAGCCUUAUCUUCCUGUAAUCAUGCCCCCAGACAAUCCUGAGCCCACCUCGAAUGCGGAGAAUCAUGCACAGGAUGAAAACUUGAAGCUCUUCCCGGAGCUCAUUGGCAAUGGGGAAGGCAGUUCGACACGGGGCUUGAUAGUCCUGCCGUUCAAGCCGAAGAAGAGAAGCAGGUUCGCCCUGACGAGGAUGUUUCAAAAGAUCAGUGAAAAAAAGACUGGUGAAAAGGAAGGGCCCCUUUCCGCAAUGAAGCCCUUCAACUUCGGUGGCAACUCGAGCAAGACAAGCAUCAACACGCAAUCCGGGGAAUCGCGCACCAAAUUAAAGAAGACCGCCACCGUCGAGUGCGUAUCGUGCCUAGACGACUUCGUUCCCAAAGACGUCAUCAAAGUUACAUGCCACAGCUACUGCCACGAAUGCUUCGAGCGCCUCAUCGCGACUGCCGUCCAAAACGAACAGCAGUGGCCUCCCAAAUGCUGCCUCAACGAUAUACCUUACCGUACCAUCCUCCGCUACGUCUCCAAAGACCUUGGCAACACGUACAAGGAGCGCUCCGCCGAGUUGAAGAUCCCCGUCGGCGACCGCAUCUACUGCAGCGAGCCCGACUGCGGCAUCUGGAUCAAGCCGGACCAGGUGAACAGGGGACUGGAGAUCGCGCGCUGCACGAACGGCCACUGGACCUGCAUCAUCUGCCGCGGCCCCCAGCACGACAACGCAGACUGCCCGCAGGACCGCGACAUGGCCCUCACCCACGCCCUCGCCGAGGAGGAGGGCUGGCGGCGCUGCGGCAAGUGCCUGGCGCUCGUCGAGCACCGCGAGGCAUGCCAGCACAUGACGUGCCGCUGCGGAUACCAGUUCUGCUACGUGUGCGGGAUCCAGUGGAGGUCGUGCGGAUGUACGAUGGACCAGCUCACUGCCAUCAAGAACGGCGCGGCGGCGAGGAGGGAGGAGAGGAGGCGGAGGGAUCUCGAGGCUGAGGAGGAACUUCGCGAUGCCCUGCGCCAAAUUGAGGAGUUUGAGCGCGAAGAGGCUCGGAAGUUAGAGUUGUUAGAACAGGAGAUGGAGAGGCUCGAGGAGGAGCUUCGGCAACGCCAGUUGGAGGAGAGGGUUCGUCUGGAGAGCUUGCGCCGUCAUGAGGUCGAGGUCAAGUACCAAGAGCUACGCGAGUUGAUGAACCAGCUUCAUGACCUCCAGGAAGUGAUGGUCCGGUACCAGCACGACAAGGAGGUAGAGAUCCUGUCUCACGAGGCGUCCACCGCCACGGCUGAGCUCGCAGCAAGCCAACAGGCGGAGCUGGAGGAGCUCGCCGAGAAAGCUUCGCAGAAGCUGGCCGCCAAAGAGAACGCCCUCGCAGUCGAUUACAACUGCCGGGUCCUGAAAGAGAAGGAGACCGAAGACGUCUACCUGCGGAAGUUGGAGGAAUUCUUCGCGGGCGUGCCGUCUGGCGAAGAGCGCAUCGGGGAGUUGAUGCUGGUUUUCCGCAAGCACAUGGAUGAGGGGUGGCGGGCGUGGAGCAAAUGGCGGCACGACGAGGUGGCCAGGCACAAGAUCAAGGUGGAGGAGGAGCGGGCGAUCCGCGAGGAGGUCAUGUAUAGUAUCAAGCAGCGUCACGAGGAGAGUUUGGUGAGCAACAAGAAAGAGACGGAGAAGAGGCAGAUGGCGGAGCUGCGCUGGGUGACGCUUGUGAUCGCCGAGAGGGCGCGGAUGCUGGCUGACAUGGAGACUACAGAGCUGGAGGACGGCGAUGAGAGUUUAUUCAGCCGCGAGGAAUUUGUCGGCGAAGAGGGCGAACUUCUAGAUAGCACUUCUGUUUGGAUAGACAGUUGA